AUGAGCAAUAAGCGCCAAGUAUUCCUUUCACUGCAUCAUCGGGACGCUCUGUCUGUUGGCGGGAACAGGCAGCGAUUCGGCCAUGCGGCCUACCACUGGGGGAUUCUCAUUUCUCCCAAAAGUUCCAAGGGGCCUGAUUGCUAUGCUUUCGACGUGAGCGACGGAAUCGUCCUCGAUCCGGUGCGCAGAGUCAAUCUCAACCCGAACGGCAACUGGAUCUUUCGAGAAAAAGCAAACAUCAAUCCACAAAGUAGCGGUCACCUUCUUGGAAGGGUCAUGAUUGGGAAGGUUCCCAAUGAGGUUACCUAUGCCCAGAUCAACGACCUUCUCGCAGCGAUUCCACUUCCACAAAAGGGUGCUCUGCCAGUGCAAAACUGCGUCACUUGGACGAAAGUCGCCAUUUGGAAACUUCAGGAGAACGGUCUGGUAGAGAAAUUCGACGUCGGCCGGUUCAUGGACGACUCGCUUGAUUUCGCGGAUAAACGCAUUCGCAGCCCCGAGUCUACGCCUACCAGCAUUAAUUAUACUGCUCGGCGUAUGUGA